UUUGUAGCAUAUAAUGAGAGACCCGCGCCUCUUUCUUUUUCCCCCUCCCUCUCUCCUUCGCUCUCAAAUCUCAUUUCUUCAAUUUUGAACCAAACCCUUGUUCUGCAAAAAGCACAUCAAAUCCAACAAUGGCGAACCGAGCCGUCCAAGAGAUAAUCGAGCAGCAAGUGCUGACGGUGGCGAAGGCGGUGGAGGACAAGCUCGACGAGGAGAUCGCAGCCCUAGAUCGGGUGGACGACGACGAUCUGGAGGUGCUCCGAGAGCGGAGGCUGCAGCAGAUGAAGAAGAUGGCGGAGAAGCGCAGCCGUUGGAUCUCUCUUGGUCACGGCGAGUACACCGAGAUCCCUUCUGAGAAGGACUUCUUCUCCGCCGUCAAGGCUAGUGACCGCGUCGUCUGCCAUUUUUACCGCGAAAAUUGGCCCUGCAAGGUUGUGGACAAGCACUUGAGCAUAUUGGCAAAACAGCACAUAGAGGCUCGUUUUAUGAAGAUCAACGCGGAGAAAAGUCCAUUCUUAGCAGAGAAGCUCAAGAUUGUUGUUCUUCCGACCCUUGCCCUUAUUAAGAAUGCAAAAGUGGAUGAUUAUGUGGUUGGAUUUGAUGAGCUGGGUGGGAAAGACGACUUCAGCACAGAAGAACUAGAGGAGAGGUUGGCUAGAGCUCAAGUCAUAUUCUUUGAAGGUGAAUCAUCUUUAAAGUCUGGUGCAAAAACCAGGAGUGUCCGGCAAAGCAGCAAGGCUGACUCAUCAGAUUCAGAGUAAAACAUGCCACAGGUAUCCAAUUAAUUUAUUUUGGAAAUUGGAGCAGUUAUGCUUCAUAUAAAUGAUGUAUUGAUGCCUGUACUUUGUAUGAUAUCUUGUGAGACUUGAGAUCAUCCUCGGAUGGUAUUACUGUAGUUUGUGUUCUUGUAUUGAGAAAAGGUUUUGGGAGCUUCCUCGUUGGUUAGUGAAAUUAUGAAACCAUAUCAUGAUUUGCUUUAGCAAAUUUGUGUUUGGUUUCUGCUUUCUGUUAGAAUGUCCCAACAGUUGUUAUGGGCAUGGAGUCGACAUGAUUAUCAAAAUGAAUACUUCAAGCC